GGACCUAAUAUUCCAGUCUGGGCAGUGAUCAUAGUGGCUGCUGUUGCUUUCUUGAUGGUGCUGGCAAUUGUGGUCCUCUCUAUAUGUCUUUGCCGGGUCUGUAAAAGAGGAGUGCUGCCGAAAACCCCUACGAAGCCGAUGUGCAUUAUGCCGAAUUACAGAACCUUCCGGCCUCCAGCAGGGGCCAAUGUGAUGGCGGAAUCAACGCAGACGUUCUCAGCAGCGACUACGCCACGGUGGCCGUGUUGAAGGAAGAUGCCAGCAAGGAAGACUUUGGCAGCCCCCAGCAAACAGAGGACAGCGGGGUAGAGGAUGGGGUGAGGGAGGAGCAGGCAUCUGAAGAAGCAGAGUCAGCUUCAUGUGAUGUGGAAUAAGGGAGUCAAUUGAGGGGCAGAAGCGUUGGGUGCUCCAAAUGGCGGGUACGUCUCUUGUGCUAACACCUUCUUUCUUGAAAAGCCCAGUUCUACAGUUAUACAGGUAGCCCUCGACUUAAAACUGUUCAUUUAGUGACCAUUCA